AUGUCACGAGUUCAGACUACUAAACUUGAACCCGCCCACGACCGUGAUAUGCCCAUAAGCGACCUCAACGACGACGCCCUUCUCCAUAUACUCGAAUUUAUCGCUCAAGAAGAUGAAAAUGGCGCGUUUCUGAUUAUAUCCGUCUGUAGUCGGUGGAUGUCGCUUGCACUUGAUACACCGUCCGUCUGGCGAUACAUCACUAUCGCGGACCGUAUCGAAGAUUGGGACUCGCGACUCGCGAUAUCAACCACACUCGCUCGCGAGAUGCCACUGGUCGUCAAGGCUUUCUUUCCGGUUAACGCCGACAGGCUUUCACGACUGUUUGAGCAGCAAAUACAUCAACUCAAGGUUUAUACGCUACCUAUAAUCGGAUUUGAUUUGAAAUCCAGCUUUCUAUCUCUUCAAAAUGUUCUGCGCUUGCAUCCACGAGACACCAUCAGACGCGUGACUUGGUAUGGGGACAAAGAAUACCCUCAGUUUGUACCUAUACCACUUUUAUAUCCCAUUCUUGAGCAGCAUGUCAAAGAGAAUCAUAUUCAGGCGUUCACAACCGCGGUCGAGGAGUGUCCUUCCAUCUUGCUCAGCCAUUUCUCUGUCAAUGAGAGUACUUCAUCACGUCUUUCCGCUGAAGUUCUCAUGAAUUGCCUGCACAGUAUGGCACAUUUGACGUCCCUUGCAAUUGAAGAUACACUAACCUGGUCAACUGCGCAGACCUCCCCUAUUUGGACACUUCCUCUUCUUGAACAGCUUGACUACUCUUUUCCCCCGGAUUCCACUAUUCUUCAACCUCGGCUGCGCCUAAGGGUUCCGAGACUUUCAAGACUAUGCCUUACUGGCGAGUACCGCCAUAUCCCAUCUAUACUAUCGAACCUCACGGGCUUUCUGGAGCUUGAACUGCUCUCUCUCAAACUGUUCAGUAUCUCCACGGCGUCGGUUCCAAAGGUGUACCGCGUACAGAUUGGACCUAUUUGGUCACUCAUGAUCGACAUCACCGAUAUUACUCAAACGGAACGAGGUGAUCUACAUUAUUUCACUUAUCACGUCGCUGGGAUGUUCCAGGAGGCUUGGGUGAACCGGUGGAAGGCGGUCAUGCGAUCCAGCGCGUUGAAUUAUUCGGAUCCGAUUCAUAUCCCAUUGAACGAAGUAUCCAUCAUACAUUCACCUCAAGACCAUGAACGUCUCCUACCCUUGCCACCAAAAGCCGUUAGGGAUCACAUCCCGAUCUCCAACUUCGUAUCCGAUGCAUUGACGAUUACGGCAGACUCCGUGGUGGAUGUGGAACUCCUACGGAGGCUACCUGUUGCAAGAAAAUGCGUGAUAUCUUCGUCUAAUCACGCCGAAGCGACAGUCGGAGAUCAGUUUACAGAGCAAUUCGCUUCUCAUGUUCAGGACAUUUAUAUCUCCCCUGCUAUCCGGAGGAACCAGACGCUAGAGGGCGGGAGGCAUAUCCAUUAUCACACUUUUUCUUCUCUCGUCCGUCUUUCCGCACCCAUAGAUAUUGUGUACGGGUUUUUCUUCCCGCACUACAUGCCCGCGUUGGAAGAAUUGAUCUUCCUUUCGCAUUCAUCCCAGACGUUGGCUACGAAAGACAUCACCCUCGUUAUGAUUAUUCGUUUAUUUCUACGGGGACGCCGCGGGACUGACCUUGCUCGUCUCCAUACUAUCGGCUUCGACUGGUGGCCACGAUGGGAUAUUAUCAAGGCACUUAUCAAGAGUUGGAAUCGUCUCCCUAAGGAGACGACCAACGAACGUUUAUUUACUUUAAAGCUUCCUGGGAGACCACACCCUUGCGUCCUCGAGACCCUCGUAGACCUUCUUAACGGACUGCCACCAAGGUAUCCACUCCCGGACGUUGAUGAAAGAGUGUUUGGAGAGAGAGAAGAAACGUACUGGUCGCAUAUCCGCAAAGGGUUUCACCCCUUUAGCACGGCUGAUCCAUCCAGCGAUGCUCCUGCUUCCGCUCCAUCAUUUGCAGUGACAAAGGACACAUUUGUCGGAGAAUAUGAGAUGUAG